CUUGGACAUAAUGACCUACUUACUACUUGGGCAGGGACUAAAAUUUAUAUUGGGGACUCCAUUUGUAGUUGCCUUUUUAGUCUAUAAAUGGCGAAGGCGUCAUUUAUCAAUGUAUAAUUCUAUUGAGGAGUUUCUUCGUACACAGAAUAAUCUCACACCUAUAAGAUACUCAUUCAGAGAGAUAAAAAAGAUGACCCAAAAUUUCAAGAACAAAUUAGGUGAAGGAGGUUAUGGUUCUGUAUUCAAAGGAAAGCUUCGUAGUGGUCGUAUUGUUGCAGUUAAGAUAUUGAGUAAUUCCAAAGGAAAUGGGCAAGAUUUCAUCAAUGAAAUUGCUACAAUUGGAAGAAUUCAUCAUGUUAAUGUUGUUCAUUUGAUAGGCUUCUGUGUCCACUCCUCAAAGCAUGCUCUUGUGUAUGAUUUCAUGGCUAAUGGAUCUUUGGAAAAAUAUAUAUUUUCUCAAGAAGGAGUUAUCUCCUUAAGUUGCAAGAAAUUUUUUGAAAUUUCACUUGGUGUGGCACGUGGAAUUGAGUACAUACACCAAGGAUGUUACAUGCAAAUUUUACACUUUGAUAUUAAACCCCACAACAUUCUUUUGGAUGAAAAUUUUAUUCCAAAAGUUUCUGAUUUUGGGUUAGCAAGAUUGUGCCCAUUAGAAAAAAAUAAUAUAUCCCUAACUGCAGCAAGAGGAACCUUAGGAUAUAUAGCACCAGAGCUAUUUUACAAAAAUAUUGGAGGAGUUUCUAACAAAGCUGAUGUGUAUAGUUUUGGAAUGUUAUUGAUGGAAAUGGCAGGUAAAAGAAAAAAUAUAGAUGCAGUUGCAGAAAAUACUAGCCAGAUUUACUUUCCUUCAUGGGCACAUGAUCAAUUAAGUGAAGGAAAAAAUGUAGACGUAGCAACAACAGAUACAGAUGGGGAAAAUUCAAAAAUUAUAAAGAAGAUGAUUAUAGUAGCAUUAUGGUGUAUACAACUAAAGCCAAGUGAUCGCCCUACAAUGAACAAAGUCAUAGAAUUUCUUGAAGGAGAAGUUGAAUGUCUACAAAUGCCUCCUAAGCCUUCCCUAUGUGAACUAGAGAAGCCGAUUGAGCAUGUUCAAGAAACAUUGUAUUCAGUUUAGUCAACAAUACCAUCAUUAACACUCCCAAGAUAAGUUCAAAUCUACAUCCAAACAAUUGGCAUUUGUAGCCUUUUCACUUUUUUAUUUUAAUUUUUUAUAGAUAUUGUUGGUUUUUAUCUUUGCUAUGUCAAAAUAUUAUUCAAGCUUGGAGGAAAAAAAAAAAAAAUUUUAUUGGUAAUUUGUGUGACAAUAAAUUAUAAAUCAAGUAGUUAAAUUAAUAUUUCAAAUAGAAGCAAUCAGUCAUAGUACAUUUUAUAGUUAUUUGUGAUUUAUUUUUUCUAAUGUGUAAGUAUAUUUUGUUUUCUUGAUUUAACUCUGAUUUGUAGGAUUGAGAUCAAUUAUGUAUAUAAAAUUCUAUAUUUAAAGAUAAUUUUUGAGAAUUUCAUUUUCAUAAAAA